GGUAAAAUUUGAGUUUAUUCCAUUAAUAGCCAUAAAAAAAUAAAUAAUGAAGUUAAUGCCGUCAUCAAUAAUUGUGCGAGCAGUAUGCAAUGUGCAUAUCCUCGUUUAAAGUCGCCUUUGUCAUGCCGUCCUGCGUAUUAACUGGAUUUUUGUUCAUUGCCACAUUAACUACUGUUUCUGUGGCUUCAUCUGAAGAUCAAAUGCCUUUUGAUUGCCCUGCAAAUGAGCAUUACAUCAAAUGCCGAUUGGAGGUGUGUAUCAAGACAUGUAGUCACCUAAGGAAAGCACCACCUUGUCCUUCCAUUGCUCCAGGAUGCUAUCAACCUGCUUGUGUCUGUGACACCGGCUACUUAAGAAAUGCCAAUGGAAUCUGUGUGCACAAGGAUGAGUGUGGCUUUGAUAUACCGGAUUAUAUCACAGAGUCUAAAUUGAUGUAACAAUUUUUUUUAAAUACAUUU